CGCCGAUAUAGGUCGAUUUGUAUUAUAACCCAUUCACUUGUUCCAGAGUUGGACCUGGAUUUCCUGGAAAGACGCCAGCAUGCCACUUCAGGAACUUCGGGACAGGAGAGCAGCCAAGGAGAACAGCGGUCGCCAAUUGAAAUCAGCCCAGAUUCGGUCGAUAGGAUUAAAGUUAUUUUAUUGGGGGCACCGGCCGUUGGCAAGACUUCCAUAAUACAGCAGUUCGUCUGGAACGAUUUUUGUGAAGACUACAUUCCCACAGAACGGAAACACACUUAUUACCCUUCGGUGAUAACAAACGAACGUCUCUACGAAAUAAAAAUCUCCGACUUACCGGUCAUCCCGUAUUUUCCUGUUAAUUCCUACUACGAAUGGGCCAACUACAGAUACUACGGACUACGAAGCGCCACUGCAUACAUUCUAGUAUUCGACCUCUCAAACAUAGAUACUUUUCAGUAUGUUCGAACUCUAAGGGAACAAAUUUGUGAAUCACGAAAUAUGCAAAACGUUCCGUUAUUAGUUGUAGGUAACAAAGAGGAUCUUAUUGCAACUGAAGAAGGUACCAGUAACAGUUCAAAAAAUGCAAUCACAAAUAGUAGCGACGAAAAACGUCGUGAUAUUGUGAACUUAGUAAAAAAACAUUGGAAGUCCGGUUAUAUUGAAUGUAGUGCAAAAUAUAAUUGGAAAGUAGUUGCCGUUUUUAAGGAACUGAUAAAUAUGAUUGACAACUUGAGUAGCAGGGAUCAAAGUCCGAUGCUAGACAAUAUUCAAGAUGCUCUAGACAGAAAUAAAUGUGUUGUUAUUUGAUUCGUUCUGAAAUUGCUGUGUUUCUUUUCUGAACGUUUAAUGGUCACCGGAAAAUGGUAACUUCUGCUCAAUAAUCCCGACUUUUAUCAGUUAAAAAUGUGGACACCAUUGAAAAACUAAAUAUUGCUUAUUAUUUUCAGUAUAUCAGCAGUUAUUCAUUGAAGUCUUGUUGAGAACAUAAAUCCGUAGCUGUUCCUUUGAUUCGAUAAUUCAUCGGUCUCCUAUUACUUCUUUCACUUUUUCUCUUCUUAUUUUGGAUAUUCUUUCUGAAUAACCAUCAUCAAACAUAACCAUCUCAAAUAUACAAAUUUAUUUAUCUAAUAUGACCGAUAUUACAAAUAUCAUAUUUUUAAAUUCCGUUUCAAGUGUUUCUUCAAAACGUCAAUAAUUGCUUUGUGAUCGGUGUUACGUCACAUGUUCCCAAACACUGGGAAACUAAUAAGGUGAUAUAGUUUUUCUGUAAUUUUUCUAAUAGAAAAUGUAUUCUAAAUUUUGCAAAUAUUGUGCGGUGCCAGUACAAGUACUUACUGCUAUUAAAAUAGCUGAGUAUUUUUUAUAUAAGUGUAUUCAUUCACAUAGAAUUCUUCACAAUUCUGAAUUUGAAAGAGCAAAAGUCCCCAAUUCAAUUCCACUUUCUGGCAUGGGAAAACUUCUUGAAAUCCUUUCCAAAUGAAAAAUGGGUGAAUUCAAAGAAAUUUCAAAGAAAUCGCUUAACAAUGUUAAAAAAACAAUGUAGUCUUUGACAGCGUCGAAUUUGUGAACAAGUGACGUCGUGCACUUUGAUUGGUAAUCUUGAGAGUGACUUGAUUACAUUUUGAUUCUUCAGUAAAAAUUACAUUCCUUAAAAAUGAAUAGAGUUUUGUAAAAUGUUAGCACUUCUAUUAGAUAUGUCACCUUCCAUUUCGGGGCACAAUUAUAUCUUUAUUUGAAUACAGUCAACAUCUCUAUUCACUUUACGCACCUACGUACGUCUACAAAUAUUUUCAUCAAAAGACAUCCUGGGAUUUUGUUACGGAAUGAUUAGCACCCCAGAAGAGCACAACAACAAACAACACAAACCAUAAAUGAUUUCAUUCGGAUGUUUUUUUAGAAAUACUGGAUGAACACCUUUCAAUAUUUUCCAUAAAUUUUAAAAAUUUUACGAUUUCCAAACUUACUUGACAUCUCAAAUGUCAGUUCAUAUUUUGCGUGUAUCAUUAUUUUCUACCGGCCUCUCAAACAUACAGUUCACUAUCAGCAAUAAUUUAAGAGUGGAUCAAAUACCUCAAAGGUAAUAUGUAUUUAUUAUUAUGUUAGCAAUAAUAUUAUUAGACAAUCUUGUAAUACAAAACCGAACUUUCGUUUCGAUUUUGUAAUAUUUUUGUGAAACGUGCAAAACGUAACUGUGGUUGUGAAUUAUUAAGUUUAUGCCAAAAACACUUUGUAGUGAAAAAAAGUAAUAAAUACAAAA